AUGUCUUCCUCCACCUUCAUCAUUCUCUUCUUCCUCUCCCUCUUCACACCCUCCAACACUCAAACAUGCUGUUCUAACUCAAACUCUCAUCCCUGCCCUCCCUUCUCCUCUAACCCCCCUUUCCCUUUCUCCUCCACCCCUGGCUGUGGCCACCCCUCCUUCCACCUAACCUGCUCCUCCCCCCAUUCUUUCAUCUCCAUCAACAACCUCUCCUUCUCCGUCCUCUCCUACAACCCCAACACCUCCUCCUUAACCCUCUCCCCUCACCCUCACCUCAUCCCCCACCCCAACUGCCCCUCCUACCCCUCCAUCCCCGAUCGCCCCAUCAAUCUCUCCGCCACCCCCUUCCGCGUCUCCGCCGCAACCUGCUCCCGCCUCUCCUUCCUCCGCCCCUGCUCCCCCCCUUCCCUCCCCAACUGCUCCCAUUGCUCCUCACAAUGCCACCUCGUCAAAUCCCCCUCCCACCUCCUCCCUGACUGCAGAUCCACCCACCACUCGCCUCAGUACUCCGACCCCCCCUGCCAGACCGACAUCCUCGGCUACCUCGAACAGUUCCUCCAAACCGGAAUCCAACUCGACUGGGACCAAACCGGUGACCCCUACUUCACCAACUGCACUCUCUGCCGCGCCAACAACGGCCUCUGCGGCUUCAACUCCUCCUCCCAAAACAAUCCCUUCGUCUGCCUCCGCUCCCAAUCCACACUCUCCCCCCCAUGGAUUCGCAGAUUCAAACCCAGCAAAAUGGCCCUUUUCAGCACCGUCAUCGCCUUCACCUCCCUGCUUCUCCUAAUCUCAGUCGCCACCGCCAUCCUCCGCUCCACCAGGUCAAAAGCCUCCUCCGCCACGCAGCAAGACCCCACCACGCUCUUCCUCCACCACCAUCGCUCGGCAAGCCUCCUUCCCCCUGUCUUCGCCUACGACGACCUCGCCGCCGCCACCCACAACUUCGAUCCUAAGCGGAAAAUAGGAGACGGCGGGUUUGGCUCCGUCUACCUCGCGCAGCUCCGCGACGGGCGCCUCGCGGCGGUUAAGUAUCUCCACUGCCACCACGCCUCCGCCGCGUUCUCCACCAAGUCAUUCUGCAACGAGAUCCUCAUCCUCUCCUCGAUCCACCACGCGAACCUGGUGAAGCUCCACGGGUACUGCAGCGACCCGAGGGGGCUUCUCCUCGUCUACGAUUACAUCCCCAACGGAACACUAGCGGAGCAUUUGCACAGCCGCAAAGGAUCGCUGGCGUGGCAGGUGAGGCUCGACAUCGCAUUACAAACGGCGUUAGCGAUGGAGUAUCUUCACUUCUCGGUUGUUCCGCCGGUUGUUCACAGAGAUAUAACGUCGUCGAAUAUUUUCGUGGAGAGGGACAUGAGGAUCAAGGUGGGGGAUUUCGGCUUGUCGCGGCUUUUGGUGGUGCAGGAUACGACGUCGUCUUCAAACGGGUUUGUUUGGACCGGGCCGCAAGGAACACCCGGGUAUCUGGACCCAGAUUACCACCGGUCAUUCCGGUUGACGGAGAAGAGUGACGUGUACAGUUUCGGAGUUGUGUUGUUGGAGCUUAUCUCGGGUAUGAAAGCAGUGGACCAGAAUAGAGACAAGCGCGAAAUGGCGCUUGCGGAUUUGGUUGUUUCCAGGAUCCAGAUGGGGCAGCUCCACCAAGUACUUGACCCGGUUUUUAAACGCUGCGACGGCAACGGAGUUGCCGCCGUAGCAGAGCUGGCGUUCCGUUGCGUGGCGGCGGAUAAGGACGACCGGCCUGAUUCAAGGGAGGUGGUAGAAGAGCUGCGGCGGGUGCGGAGUCGAACGUUGGCGGCGAAGGAGUGA